AUGAGUCCGAAAGAAGAAAUUACAAAUACCUCUACCAGGAAGCCUAGGAAGCCAAGGAAUUCCCAGAAAAAGAAUAGAGCCCCAAAACUAACAGCGAAUGAGUUGAGCAGUAUGAUGUGUAUCCAAGUAACGAAGGAAGGCAUUCGACUGAAGAAACCAAAGAUUAAAUUCCCCUUCCCAAUGUGGCUGGAUCCGAAGAAAGGGGAAAGAAUAUCUGAUCCACGGGAAAAGGAUCGGAUAUCCCCCUCAAAGGUUAGUGAGGAUAAUUGUCAGGAGCAAAUUAAGACGAAGAAGAGUAAUGAAGCAUUCAAUUCCCCUGAUGCCAAGAAUUUGAAAAACAGUGGUUACUGUCUCUAG